GUAUAUAUAAACAACAUUACUCAUCUUGAGAUUUUUAUUGUCUAAUCAAAUCCAUCUUUUCUCCGAUCGCUGCUGGAUCUUGAAGAUCUCUAGAUUUUCUCAUCUCUCUCUCUCUUGCUUUUUGAGUUUCGUCUGGGUUUUGGGAGUUCUUGUGAGAAAUCUAGGGGUUUUCUGGAAAAAAUUUCUCGAUCGGGUUUUGGUUUCUGGGAUUUUUGAUUUUGGGAUUUGUGAAUCGAAGAAUUGCCAUUUUCUUUGAUUACUCUUUUUUUAUUAUUUGCGAUCUUUACUGAGAUCAUUGAACGGGGUUUUAAAGUUGGGUUUUUGAUAUUGAGGAGAAGACGAUAGGGUUGUUGAGCUGUAUUGGUUCUUCUGGUGUUGAAGAUUUUGGUUGCUGAGAAUUAUAUAAAUCAGUCUGCGUUUAUCUUAUUUUUCUUGCCCUUUGUGUUCUCGUUGGGAAGAGCCUUUUUGAGUUUUUAAUUUGCUUUAAAGAGGAUGCAACAAGGUCAGGAGAAGAAGAACAUGAAAGAGGUGGAGUUUUUCACUGAGUAUGGUGAUGCUAACCGUUAUCGGAUUCUUGAAGUUAUUGGAAAAGGAAGCUAUGGAGUUGUCUGUGCAGCUAUUGAUACGCAUACAGGAGAGAAAGUGGCGAUUAAGAAGAUUAAUGAUGUCUUUGAACAUGUCUCUGAUGCUCUCCGUAUCCUCCGUGAGGUUAAGCUUCUCCGGCUCUUAAGGCACCCUGAUAUUGUUGAAAUCAAAAGCAUCAUGUUGCCGCCUUCCAAGAGGGAGUUCAAAGAUAUAUAUGUUGUGUUUGAGCUUAUGGAAUCAGAUCUUCACCAAGUCAUCAAAGCUAAUGAUGAUUUGACUCGUGAGCACCACCAGUUUUUUCUUUAUCAGAUGCUUCGUGCUUUGAAGUACAUGCAUACAGCUAAUGUUUACCAUCGUGAUCUUAAACCGAAGAACAUAUUGGCAAAUGCAAACUGCAAGUUGAAAGUCUGUGACUUUGGACUAGCAAGAGUCUCGUUUAAUGAUACACCUACAACAGUCUUUUGGACGGAUUAUGUUGCCACAAGAUGGUACAGGGCACCUGAGCUCUGUGGAUCAUUCUGUUCUAAGUAUACACCAGCAAUUGACAUUUGGAGCAUUGGCUGCAUCUUUGCUGAGGUAUUAACAGGGAAGCCUUUGUUUCCUGGAAAAAGUGUCGUCCAUCAGUUAGACUUAAUUACCGAUCUUCUUGGCACACCAAAAUCAGAAACCAUUGCUGGAGUUCGAAAUGAAAAGGCUAGAAAAUAUUUAAACGAAAUGAGGAAGAAAACUCUUAUCCCCUUUUCGCAAAAAUUUCCUAACGCAGAUCCGUUAGCAUUACGCCUUUUGCAAAGACUGUUGGCUUUUGAUCCGAAGGAUAGGCCUACUGCUGCGGAGGCGCUGGCUGAUCCUUACUUUAAGGGCCUUGCUAAGGUUGAAAGAGAACCUUCUUGUCAGCCUAUCUCGAAGAUGGAAUUUGAGUUUGAAAGACGAAGGUUGGCAAAGGAUGACAUCAGGGAACUAAUAUACAGGGAGAUACUAGAAUACCAUCCGCAGCUGCUCAAGGAUUAUAUGAAUUCUGAAGGCUCAAGUUUUCUAUAUCCGAGUGCCAUUGGUCAUUUGAGGAAACAAUUUGCGUACCUAGAGGAAAAUAGUGGCAAAAGUGGGCCAGUCAUACCUCCAGAGAGGAAGCACGCUUCACUUCCAAGAUCUACAGUUCACUCCAGUGCAGUAAACUCGAACACUCAACCCAGUUUAAAUGCAUCAGACAGUCGACGUGUUUCUUUCGAGCCUUCAAGAAAUGGAGUAGUUUCAUCAACUUCAGCAUAUUCAACUAAACCUUUAGGGCCUCCACCAAGAGUACCAUCAGGUAAACCUGGCCGUGUGGUGGAAUCAUCUGUAUCUUAUGAAAAUGACAGAAACCUCAAAGAGUCGUCCUAUGAUGCAAGGACAUCAUAUUACAGAAACACGGUUAUCCCUCCACAGACGCUCUCUCCUAACUGUUUUUUCUAUCCUAAAUCCAUGAACCAAGAGAAGCACGGUGGUACAGAAGCUGCUUCUCAACCAAAACCGCAGUUUGUCCCCUCCCAAUGCAACUCCGUGAAGUCAGCUGAGCUGAACCCAAACCCUUAUGUCCAAUCACAGCACAAGGUGGGUAUUGAUGCUAAGCUGUUGCAGGCACAAUCCCAAUUUGGUCCAGCUGGAGCCGCCGCGGUUGCAGUAGCAGCACAUCGGAACAUGGGCGCAGUUGGGUAUGGCAUGUCUUAGAAUGUAGCACAUUGGCGCUGUUGCCUAUUGCCAGAAACUCCUCUCGUUAGUUGUUAUGUAAUGUAAGUAUUAUUCGAUCGAAGCCUGAUUUGAACACAUUUGAGAUUGUAAUAAGAAUGGUUCAGUUUUAACCCCA